AUGGACUUUCUCUCGGUGAGUGGCUUUCUGCUGUCACUGUACAGCAUCUUGAAUCUGGUGGACCGGGGCCUGAGCUUGUGGGCUCCGGAUUGUGGAUCCUGGGGCAUCCCUUGCAGAGGAACAUCAGGACGUUCAUACAUUUGCCCUCUUGGACAUGAAUUCUACCAGUUUGUCUCCCGAGCCAAUCUCAUGAUAAGUCGGCUGUCCCUUUGCCUUCUUCUGGUAUUAUGCCAAAAUUGCCUGUUCCUAUUGGAACAACCAUCCCAAAGUCUUCUUUUCCGACACCCACGAUUUGAAUGGUUCUGCAACCGGGUUGCAUGGGUUUUCUAUGUGCGAUUUUGGAUGCUACACCACGGUGGAACGAGCAGCAAGCAGAGUGUGUUCUGGGGAAACCUUUCAACUAUGAGGGAUCUCGACAAGGGUAGAAUGACACAAAGUGAACGGCAAUCCAAAACUUCGGUGAAAACCACCCGAAAGUACCUUGACAAGUCUGGACAACGUAGAUUUGUUGGUGACAAAGAGGCUUUGAAGCGAACUCAGCAAUACCCCUCUCAACUUGGAGAUGCCGUGCAUCAACUUUACAUGCAAGAGCUCAGUCGCCCAGUUGUCGGUUCUUUGCGAGUAAAUUUAACACCGUCCAUGGAAAAAACAGCCGUGCAGCUGUUUGACGAACUACCAAUGGGAGAUGUCUGGAAGGAUGCCUGCCUCCUUCCAGUCUUUCAAUAUUUGUAUUUUUGUCGGCAUACAAGGACUGUUUUUUGGGUUUGUUUGAAACUGUCCCAAUUCAUGAUUCGCAUGGGCUAA